UGGACUGAAUCUCCUGAUGUUUGCAUCACUCAUGUGAACGAGUGACAAGUGUCUGAAUCUAAAAGUCGCUGCUGCUCAUUAGUUCAUCGUCAGAUAUUCACACAGUCUCUGGUCGACGGGGGAAAGUCGGUGCUGAUGGAUAUUUUCUCUACAUGCAACUAGCACAUGACGACAGAGGAGACAUGUCACUGAGGGGAAGUGAUCCACAGGAAGUAAACCCCACAUUGCAGUUUUUACUAAGAACCGAGAAGCAGAGAAGAGAGAGAAGAAGAAUGGAUGAAAUCAAACGGAUUAAAAUGUCUUUACAUCUGCUACUGGUGCUGAUUCCAUUUACAGUGCUCGCUGUCCAAUCUUCAUUCAUCAUCAUCAGAGCUGGAGCUGAAGUCACUUUGUCUUGUGACAAGAUGAGAGAUGAUCAUGUGAACUGUGGAGCUACUACCUGGCUCUUCAUUGAUUCAGAGGGCAAUGGAGCAGUAAACCUGUUUGUAAACAGGCAGCUCGACAAAUCUAAGAUUUCCAAAUCUAAAGCAGACAGACUACGUCUUGCUGCAAACUGUUCUCUGGUUAUUAGUGAGGUCACAGCUGAAGUAGCUGGUCGAUACGACUGCAGACAGUUUGACCUGACAACACAACCAUAUGAAGAUCAUCAAGUUUAUUUCUCUGUUGUCAACGUGACUGAGCAGAAGAGAAGUGAUGAGGUGACGUUGAGCUGCUCUGUGUCACCAUCAUGUAGAAUCUGUGUCCUCACAGUGAAGUGGCUGUUUAUGAAUGAAGAUGUGACUGAAAACAACAAAGACCUGAAGACAUCACAGUCUUCCUCCUCGGCCACUGUGAGCUUCUCAAAAUCCCAUUUAGUUCACAAGAUGAAGAACUAUAGCUCAUUAACAUGUGAAGUGAAGCAGGGUGACAAAGAGGAAAAGUUUUCCUUCAUCCCUCCGUCAUCAGAAGGAAAGAACGAACCAGGUCCAGGAAACAAUAAGAUGACAACAGAUUCUACAGAUUGGCGGCUGUACAUCGGUCCGGUUGUAGGUUUUGCCACAAUCGUAAUAUUGGUUGUGAUUCUCAUCAGAUGGAGAAGGAACAAAGCUACAGACACACAGAUGAACGCAGAUGAAAACAGAACCUUCUCUGUGGAGGAGACGAGAGGUUUUGAUGAACCUGACUCUUCUCUCUGCGAGGCCAACUCUUCUGUUCCUGUCGUCUCAGGGAACAAAACACAGACGCACAAACACACGGUCAACCCUGCAGAGGAUGUGUUCUACUCCUCCAUCAGCCACUCCCCUCACAGCACGACCCAGAUCCAGGGUGGUGAUGAUGGAGUGACCUACAGCACUGUGAAAUCUCCCUCCUCUUCUACUGGACCCUCAGCUGAUCCCAGCAGCCUCUAUGCCACCGUCAAUUUCAAACAAUAGUAGAGUCACAUUUGACAUCGAUAUAUUUAUAUUAGGAAUCAUUUGCUAUAACUUUCUGCUGUGAAAACAAAGUCACUCAUAAUAAUGUGAUUCUCAUUAGGUAGAAAAGAAACAAAGGUUAUUUGUGUGUUGAAUAUUUUAUAUUGUAUCUUUAUGUUCUUCUGAUCCAGCUGUUAUUCUUAUACAUUACAAUGGUGACAUGUUAUUUGUAUGAUGAUGUGAAUGAUUGUGUAUGAAGCAAUGUGUUGUAAAAAGCGUUUUGCCAAGAGUGCCAGAAGGGGGAGCUGUAUGUUAAUUUACUGCUGUAAUGCUUUAGUCAUAAUAAUAAUUAUAAGAUGGUAUAUCUUUAUAUAGAUAUCGCAUGUUUAACUUGAUGUUAUAGACAUGUUAGUGUUUCAUGCUGUGAUGUAGAUACUGCAGGUUGAUACUUCCAGGUUUGAGUUGAGAGACUUUUUAAAUGAUGUUGAUUUACAUGCAACAAGAUGAACCUUCCCCACCUCAGUCAAUAUCAGUAUUCAUAACAAUAUUUAGUGCUUUUAUUAAAACGGAUGUUCGGUUUGUAUCUUGUCAGGUGUUUGUUUAGAUCGACUUUUUUUGGCAUCAAAUUAUUUUAUCCUAUAAAAAUCUAUUAAAAUCC